UGAGUCCCACAAACAAGGCGAUGUGACUGCUCAAUCCGUGUUCGUGUUUUUAUCUUAAAUUAGUGUCUUAUUUAUUUUUUAUUUAUUUUUUUGCUCUUCUUUAGUUGCUACACUGUUCUGUCUCAUGACAUAACAAAUAUUAACUCCUCGCUGCGCUUGUAAGCCUCUCACUGAAGGCUGCUUUAUUAGCUUGCUAGCCGCGAACAAAGACGCGUUUGUUAGCAGCGCAUGCUAGCAAGGCUAACAUGUCGACAAGAGAAUGAAUGCCGAGAGCGUUGCGAGAACGUCAAUGAACUGCGACUGGUGAAGAAGCAAACGUGGAGAAUGAUAGCCGAGUACGAGGAGGACCUUUUUGCAGCCAGAGAGGAGAAGGAGCGACGGCGCCGCUGCGUGUUGCACACAGCAGGUCUCCGUGAAGAAGGCGUUUCUCCUAAGCAACAGCAGGAGUGGAGCUCCAGGGUGGAGCAGCGGGAGCCAGAGCCCCCCCACAUUAAAGAGGAAGAAGAUGAACACAGCAUCGAUGAGGAGGGAGAGCAGCAUGACAGGCUGGACUUCCCGGUGAUUCGUGUCAUUGUGAAGAGCGAAGACGACGAAGACGAGCCUCACUCCUCCCAGCUUCUUCGCGGUGACGGUGAGGAGAGAUCACAAGCAGACAGCCUCAUAGCUCCACUGUCAGAGAGUGAGGACACACAGUCACACUCUCCGGUCACUGAUGAUGACGAACACUCUAAAGGUUCUAGGACAUGUCAUACGGACAACAAACACUUGACGUGUUCCGUUUGUGGGAGAAGCCUUUAUGACAAGAAAACGUUGAAAGUCCACAUGAGGACGCACACGGGCGAGAAACCUUUCGUCUGCUCAGUUUGCGGUAAAACGUUCGCUCAGAGGGGUAAUUUGAUCAAACACACUAGAACGCACACCGGAGAGAAACCCUUCACCUGUCCGUACUGCGGCACGAGUUUCAGCGACAGUUCGACAUUAGUGAAGCACAUGAGGAGACACACUGGCGAGAAACCUUUUAGCUGCUUGGUGUGCGGUGAAAGAUUCACCCGGAAGUCCAAUUUGACGACGCACACAAGGACACACACCGGAGAGAAACCUUUUGCAUGCUCAGUGUGCAGCAUUAUGUUCAGCGACCGUUCGUCGCUGAAUAAACACAUGAGAACGCACACGGGAGAGAAACCUUUCAGCUGCUCAGUGUGCGGUCAGAGAUUCACUCAGAAGGGACACAUGACGACACAUACGAGAAGACACACCGGAGAAAAACCUUUUGUCUGCUCGGUCUGCCACACCAGUUUCAGCGACCGCUCAACUUUUGUCCGGCACAUGAGAAGACACACUGGACAGACACGUUUGCCUGACACUGAGGAAACGCGAAAUUGAAAUGUCACAUUUGUCAACACACACCUGGUGAGGCAGUGUUGAGUUGCAGUGUGUGUAGUCAACGAUUCUCUUGUAGACUACUCACAAAAAGUUCUGCAUAUUGGGCUUCAUGGUGAAAUUUCCAGGAUGAACCUCAAAUGCCUUAUACAGUGAUACCUUGAUUUACAAGUGUCCCAGCUUUCGGGGUUUUUUUUACAGUUAUGUCGAUUUUUAUUUACUUUUCUUGCUUUGUGUUGCAAGCCAAAAUUUGAGUUACAAACGAAUUUCAAAUUGUGCAUCACUCGAUUAAAGUGGGGGUGGGGGGGUG